AUGCUCAUAGUGUUGUUCGGAUUCGUGUUGGUGAGCGUGUUACACGCCAGACAGGUACAUCGUUCUGAUCUGAAUAGUCGAGCAAAAACUGGCUUUUUUUCAGAUCACCAGAACCAACACCAGCCAGGAACCGUUUCAAGCUGCCAACUUUGGUCAACUGUUCCACGUGCAAGUUCAGCCUCCACCAGCCCAAGAUCGUUCUCUCUAUGGCCAGCACCGAGUGGAUCAUGGAGUAUUUGGUACGGUCCCCCAUCGCGCGCACAUUUAUCAAUUGAUUAUCUCGUUUAUCUUCGGUUUCAAUAUGCCGUCGACCGUCUGCGCAUCUCGAGUCUCUCGCACGCUAUUUGAUCUGUUCGGCUGGCCCGAGAGUCGUGAAAUUGUACGAGAGCCCUCUCCCUUGUUCCUCAAUUUGGAUAGACGAUAGCCACUGAUAUGGGGGCGACAGAGAGAGAGAGAGAGAGAGAGAAAGAGAUUAAGGGUGAUCAAGAGGCCGGCUGAUGGGGGGCGGUUGUGACCCAUUUCGGGAUGGGCAACACAGAGGCACUUCACACCGAAAAGUGACCGGAUUGUCGCAGGAGACGAUUUGAAGCUCUGGACGGCGGCAGGUCUUUGGUUCCCGAAAAGGGAUUCUUAUCAUUUCUGCAUUCUCAAUUGUUGAACACUUUCCCUAGCUUCUCCGUUUCUCAGAUAGCACCAAAAAAAAACAACGAAUCCCUCAGAAAGUCCAACCUCGGUAGUGUCCUAAGUGACCGUUGCCAUCACCGCUCCUUUUCAUCAUUUCCCUAUGCAAAUAUCAAAGUUCAUUCUCACCUUUUCUAUUCAAGUUUCAUUGUCCUCGAGCCUCUGCCGUCACCCAACCCUCGUUUUCCAUCAAAAACUCAUUAGGCUUGACCAGCGGUAGACCGUCUCCGUUUCCGAGGCCAACAAAAGCUUGGAAGAUAUGUUUCGGGUGGGGUCAUCAGAUCGGCGACAAAAACAAACAAAUUCGGAAACUGAGAGCACCCGCCAUGCGCCGUGCUCCCCCUUCGAAAGAGCUCUCUCUCUCUCUUUCUCUUUCAAAACACUUUGUCGCCAGGAGGAGAGAGAGAGAGAGAGAGAGACAGUUCGGAUUAUUAUAUUAGGAACAGAGAUUUAUAACCGCGCUCUUCUUCUCUCUUUCAUAUUUCUUCUCGAACAAAACAAACGCAAAAACCCAGUCUGCCAAGUUUCAGCACUCAGCAAUCCCCGUUGACCGUCCGCGGCCCGAAUGGGUCAGAAAUGUCGAUACUCUAUGUCGAUUGUCUGAAAUUGCUGUCAAUUUUACUGUUUUUCACGAAAUGCGACGCGGAUAAGAUUGUAAAGUCGCCGCAAGUGGUUCGAAGUGUCAAUUAUGAGGGUACUAUAUCAACUUUUUCAGGGGGAGCUACAUAGUAGCUUGCUUUGCCACUCAUCUCAGUUUCAAAAUUUUGUUCAAUUCCAGACUUCUCUCUACUCUGUGCCGAUGGCAUUCCCUUGCUCAUGGAAGAUCACAAGCCGAGGCCGUGCCAGCCGCGCCCAUGGCUACAAGAGCAACGGUGCCCGACAGGCUUCUGGUGUCAUGAGGGCCAAUCCGAGCACAGCUACUAUUGCUGUCCGAGCAGUAGGAAAUGUGAGUGCGCUCUUCAUUCUGAUUGUCAACAGUUGAACAUCUUUAGUCGCCAAUCGUUGCCAUCUCCCACCAGCAGUCGGGUACGGUAAACAGCGAAUGAGACGUUUCUAUUUCGACUGGAAAACGGACGCGUGUCACGAACUACAAUACUCGGGAAUCGGAGGAAACGAGAAUAGUUUUAUGGAUUAUGAGAAGUGCGAGCAAGUGUGCCGAGGCGCUGGAGAGCCGCCGAUCUCACUGCCGAGUAAUAUGAAGAUUAUGUCGAAGGAGACGACGAAGGAGCCAAAAGAGGGAAAGAAGCCAGAAAAGGUAGAACGAUUGUUGGCACCUGAGUACUGUAAUACUGUUUUCAGGAGAAAAAGCUGGUCUAUCCGAAGGAAGUGGCCGCUCCAGUAUCGCUCAAACCACCUCCUGGCAGAACCACCAAAAAAGACAAUGUCUAUGAGGCAUUCUACACAGUCUCCCCUAAAACGUCGGGCUCUGGCCCUACAAUCACAUCUCCAACGACUACCGUUCUGUCCUCAACCCCUACUACCACUUAUCUGGUGACAGAAACUGAAGAGCCCGAGACUGUGGACCCGAAUCCGUGUGCACUGGUACCAGAGAAAGGAUUCCCUGGAGUGAUGGCUGUGAGCAUGUGGUAUUACGACGCCACUUCCACCACUUGCAGCCCUUUCAUGUACCUUGGAAAAGGCGGGAACUCGAAUCGAUUCGAGACUUCUGAGGAGUGUAUGGAGACGUGUGCUAUUGGAAAACCGACCCGAAAAUCUUGCGAUCUGCCGCCGGCAAUCGGAAAUGGACCGUUCAACAUUCCGAGGUUUUAUUUUGAUCGAGUCACGAAACGAUGCGAACGGUUCUUCUAUUCUGGACGCGACGGAAACGAUAAUCGGUUUUAUAAGAAGAAUAAAUGCGAGAGGUUAUGUCUUAGGAGUGAGUUUUAGACCAAUUUGAUAUGAUAAUCAGAUAUUCAACUUUACAGAGAAGCCUAAGAAGAAAGAGAACAUAUUUGAGUUCACGACAACACCAUCAAUGCCGCCGGUUGUCUAUGAGUCUACUCCAAUGAGAAUAAUUCAGAACUUGGUGCCAAGUCAGACGCCUUCUGUACCAACAACGACUCAAAGCACAACAGAAGUCCGAAUGAAUACAGAUCCUUAUGGUAAGCAAAGAAAGACACAGAUUGAGCUCUUAUAUCACUUUUUCAGUGUACUCCACAUCCUCGCCUUCCAUCCGCAUCAAUCCGAUCACUGUAGAGCCAUGGGUCGAGGUUCAUACGGAUUCACCGAGCACUCUAUCUGAAUACGCUUCUAAAACGCAAACCUACACUCAAACUCCUCAUCCAACUCUGAUCUUUGAGCCUAGAGGUGAAACCAUACCGAUUAUUGUUCCGCCGUCAACCACCUCGCCGUCAAUUGUUGAUCAUGUCUUCCAAAGUCUGAUGAAUACACAACAACAGAAGCUUGUCGAGUUGGUGCAGCAGCCGGUGGAGUCGUCGACUGCGGAAGUGGAGGUUCCAAGGAAGUUCUCAUCUCAUGAGAGGAUUCCGUUCGGACAAGUUGAGCAGCAGCCAGUGCCGCCAAUGUCCGCUUACGGUUCUGUUAAGCCGACUGAGAAUCAGUAUGGCAUGAAGGUGGGUGCCAGUUCUUUCUUCGAUCCUCUACCCACUUAAUUCUAGGUCGAGCCUUACCAAACAACCGACUACAUGCUGCCCCGCUACCCUGUUCAUGGCUCUGUGUCUGGCUCCGGCUCCAUUUAUCUUCCACAGCCACCGUAUCCAGAAGUAAAUUCAAGCUCCAACUCUUCCCUCAUUAGCUCUACCCUCCCGCCGUCCUCAGUUCCUGUCCCCACUGCUUCAGUUGAUAACUCUUUUGCUCCUGCUUCAAGUCUGCCAUCUGCUCCAGCUUCAGGAGCUCCGGCUCCAGGACAACCACAAUAUCCUUAUGUUGCUUCUACUUCUGCUCCAUCUUCACAACAAAUUGCUACUAGUCUUCCCGCACCAACUCCGGUGUCUUCACAAGGAUCAUCGAGCCCGCAAAAUCCUUAUAUUGCCUCAAUUCCUCCACCACAAGCUUCUCAAAAGGGGUCUUUUGUUCCGAUUGUGUCUGCUCCUGCUCCAGAUCCAUCUUCAACUGCCCAAGCCCCCGCCCCACCGUCAUCAUCAUCCUACGGCCCGGCUCCAAGUCCUUUUGUGUCAGAUAACUCGGCGCAAUUACCCACUCAUUACAUUGUUGGCUCUGCGUCAGCACCUCCUCCUCCUCAGUUCGUCAUCCCCAACCCCAUUCCGACUCUCUCCCCAACCGCUGGACCCCCACCCUCGUCCUUCAGCAUCUACCCAACUCUUCCCAGCCUUCUCCCUCCAACCACCACAAUCUCCCCGCUUCCCACGCUUCUCCCGGUAUGUUUUUGUUCUCCUUUUCAGUUAGUUCUUCGGACUUGUGCGAUGUUUUUCUGCUAUUCGAUCAUUUACAGUACGUCACAUCCCCACCGGACAAUAAUGAGUCGCCGUGUGCUCGGAGGAUCUACGGAGAUGCCACGAUUAUGUGUGAGAAUCGGCAGGAGAUUUGUCCAAUGGGGACAUUUUGUCAAAUUGGACAAGGGCAGAGCAUUUGCUGUCCCAUCAUGGGUAACUGUGCGAUAAUGUAGACUCAAACUGAACGCGCAUUUCAGACGAACCCCCGUGUGAGCAAUCAAUUGAAGAGGGCGUGGGCGCUUCUCUCCUCCGUCGCUGGUACUUUGACCCGGCGACUCGUCUCUGUCAACCGUUUCACUACAAGGGUUUCAAGGGGAAUCAGAACAACUUCCAGACAUUUGAAACUUGUAAUCGAGCGUGUGGAGCCACGAAUGUCUGCCCCGGCGGCACUCCUCAAAUGUCCAUUCACACACAUUUGUUAUCAUGCAACUCGGAAGCCGAUUGUCCGUACGAUCACACGUGUAUUCUCUCUACUCCACACAACUUGUGUUGUCCAACGGCUUCACUGAUUCCUGCUCCGGUUCCACCUCCGGCGCCUCUUGCUUCUGUCCCGGCACCGCCGUCCCCAAUUCCCGCUCCACCAGUCGCUCAAGUUGUUCCCGACGCCCAGGAGCCCACAAACCUUGUCAUCGAUUUUAUCCCUCCUGCACCUCACGCUUCCCACAAUCUAUGUGAUCAACCGAUUGAUGUUGGCUACGGAGAGGGCGCCGAGCACCGUUGGGCUUACUCAUCCGGGCAAUGCGCCUCGUUCCUCUACGCCGGACAAGGAGGAAACAUGAACAACUUCUUGACGAGAAAUGAUUGUGUGAAGACGUGUCAAUCGCCGGGCGCCGUGGCUCCUCUAUCUUCGCAGUGCUCCCAUCCAGCGACUAGUGGACACGGAGAUCAGUACCUCUCUCGUUACUUCUACUCCCCGGAAUACCGUCAAUGCCUAUUUUUCAUCUAUUCUGGAGAGGGCGGAAAUGAGAACAACUUUGGAAGUCUGGCUGAGUGCCUUGAAACAUGUGUCGCCAAUGGUGUCAAGUUCAGCUGUGAGUAAAGUAAAGCUUCAACAUUUCUCAAUAUAAAAUUGUGUGUUUCAGCUUUGGCCUCUAGCCCAAUGUCGAUGGUACCGAAAGCUCCGUCCCCAGCUCCAUACAUGCAGCCGAGGAAUGUGUGUCCGCAGGGAGAUCCAUUGAUUACCGUGGAUGGAACUCCUAUCCAAUGUGAUCCAUCAAAAGCCGCCAAAUGUCCAGGGGAUCAUGUGUGUACUCCAGUCGGCAGCGAAGCUUACUGUUGUCCUUCUCCAAGUUGGUUUCCUUUUUUUACUAAAGAACCUCCAUCAACUCCUUUCAGUGAACUACUGUCUACAAACCCGACCGCCCAUUUCGGUGUGCUCGGGCCCCGACUUCGAACCGGUCCGCGAGAUCCGUUUCACAUACGAUCCGAUGGCGGACCGAUGCGUCCGAUUCAGUUUCCAAAACUGUCGAGGCUCCUCCUUCUCGCCUUCCUCAAGUCUCAACAACUUUGUGAGCAACUCUCAAUGCAACCGACUCUGCUGCAAUCAGGGCUACAAUCUCGUCUACAAACGACGGCUCCUGAUGGCGAUGAACGACGAUCCAAUGAUGGAAGACGGUGAUGUAGAAGAAUCAGAAUGA